AUCCAACUGAGAGCCUCCUUCACUGUGAUGGCCUCCGCUUUCCAAGGACCAAAACUUCCUCAACAUUUGAUACUUUUUGCAGCAAUGAAGCAUCCAUCAUGGUCCCGAGCAACCAAGUCGAAGCCCACAUGAUUCUCUAUGAACCUGCUGAGGCGUCAACAUUAACUUUGAUGAAACUUGGGGGCGGUUUCUCCCAUCCCCGGCGCCCUAGACUCGACAGAAUGUGUUGCAACAAGGCCCAAAUCUUCAAAAGCUCUUCGCAUUACGGGCUGACCAUGUCGACCAAAGAAUACAAUAUAUCAAAGCUUGAUCACUAGCAUUAAAAAGAUUAAACACGGCCACCAAUCAUUCCGAGAAAGUGUGUUUCUUAAAAUUGGAUUGCCAUCUUUGGAAAACAUGCAAAAUCUUGAGUCUUUCAAAUUUAUUUUAUUUUCAUCAUAAAAUUUUACUCAAUUU